CUUAGAGGGAGAUACUAACUGUAUUCGCAGCCCCAUUAAUUUUAUAUUCUCCAGAGACGCCAGAGGAGUGAGAACCAGGAUAACUAGGUGCCUGUGGGAGAAAUUGCUUGUCAUUUUGCCCAGAAGUGCUCCUGGUGCUCCUGAAGAUCCACUUUCUCAUGCUUUUAACAAUGCUGAAGCUAAUGGUGGCCCUGGCCUUGCUGGGCCUGGUGACUGGCACACAGUGUCCGAAUCAACAGCUCUGUGGGGACAAACAUACAUGUUGCCAGGUCCUGUCUUCUGGAGAAUACAACUGCUGCCCUUUUCCUCAGGGAGAGUGUUGCGAGGACCACUUGCAUUGCUGCCCUGCAGGAAUGUUGUGCCAAACAGCAGAAUCCAAGUGUCAGAACUCUACUCACUCUCUAUCCUGGACUGAGAGGAAACCAGCACAGGCAUACCUGGCUAAAUCAUUCAGGAUGAUCAGCUCCUCUACCGCCAAUAAAGACAACAUCAUCUGCCCAGAUAACUCCUCCUGUCCACCUGAGUUCUCCUGCCUGAAGCUCACUGAUAAAUACGGCUGCUGUCCGGUAACACAGGGCAUCGUCUGUGCCGAUAGAAACCACUGCUGUCCUAACGAUCACGAGUGCAGUGCGGACAGCAUCUCCUGUGUUAAGAAAGCAGAACCAGUCAUGUGCCCAGAUGGGGUAUCUGAGUGCCCGGUACAGACCACAUGCUGUCCGACUACAGAUGGAGGAUGGGGAUGUUGUCCUAUGCCCAGGGCUGUGUGUUGCGCAGAUAAAGUGCACUGUUGUCCAGAAAACAGCGUUUGUCAUGUAAACAGCUCUAAGUGUGUGUCUUCAACCAAUAAGGAACUACCCAUGUGGGCCAAAUUCCCUGCCCGCCUAAGAGCCGACUGGGAGAACCACAGACCUGUAGCUGUGACUCCAAAGCUGACCAAUAAACAACCUAAAACCUCUACAGCUCUUAAAUCAACCACCACCAAUAAAACUCGCAACGCUACUGUUUCAACAGUCUACAAUGUACCCUGUGAUGACACUGUGGCCUGUGCUGAUGGAACUACAUGCUGUAAGAAUGGUGAAGGAGGGUGGAGUUGCUGCCCACUGCCUCAGGCGGUGUGCUGUGAUGACUUCAUCCACUGUUGUCCUCAUGGGAAGAAGUGUAACCUUGCUGCUGGAACAUGUGAAGACCCCUCAGGUUCUGUGCCCUGGAUGAAGAAGUUGCCUAGUCAACCAAUCAAAGGAAAGAAACUUCCUGAAACCAAAGUCUACAAUGUACCCUGUAAUGACACUGCCGCCUGUCCUGAUGAAACUACGUGCUGUAAGGACAGUGAAGGAGAGUGGAAAUGCUGCCCACUGCCUCAGGCGGUGUGCUGUGAUGACUUCAUCCACUGUUGUCCUCAUGGGAAGAAGUGUAACCUUGCUGCUGGAACAUGUGAAGACCCCUCAGGUUCUGUGCCCUGGAUGAAGAAGUUGCCUAGUCAACCAAUCAAAGGAAAGAAACUUCCUGAAACCAAAGUCUACAAUGUACCCUGUAAUGACACUGCCGCCUGUCCUGAUGAAACUACGUGCUGUAAGGACAGUGAAGGAGAGUGGAAAUGCUGCCCACUGCCUCAGGCGGUGUGCUGUGAUGACUUCAUCCACUGUUGUCCUCAUGGGAAGAAGUGUAACCUUGCUGCUGGAACAUGUGAAGACCCCUCAGGUUCUGUGCCCUGGUUGAAGAAGGUGCCUAGUCAACCAAUCAAAGGAAAGAAACUUCCUGAAACCAAAGGCUCGGAUGUUCCCUGUAAUGACACUGUGGCCUGUCCUGAUGAAACUACGUGCUGUAAGAAUGGUAAAGGAGGGUGGAAUUGCUGCCCACUGCCUCAGGCGGUGUGCUGUGAUGACUUCCAACACUGUUGUCCUCAUGGGAAGAAGUGCAACGUUGCUGCUGGAACAUGUGAGGACCUCUCAGGUUCUGUGCCCUGGAUAAAGAAAGUGCCUAGUCGACCAAUCGGUGGAAAGAAACUUCCUAAAGUCAAAGGAGCUGAUGUUCCCUGUAAUGCCACCUUUGCCUGUGAGGAUGAAACCACUUGCUGUAAGAAUGAUAAAGGAGGUUGGAGCUGCUGUCCUCUUCCUGAGGCUGUGUGCUGUGAAGACUUCCUCCACUGUUGUCCUCAUGGUAAAAAGUGUAACCUCGCUGCUAUGACAUGUGAUGACCCCUCAGGGUCCAUUCCCUGGCUGGAAAAGAAGCCCAGCCGUCCAAUCGGGGGACAAAAUAAAGAGAAAGGAAAAGCUGCAGCAGCGAAUGUAAGCUGUGACUCCAGUCAUUUCUGCCCAGCGUCCAGCACCUGCUGUAAGGAUGUGAACGCUGAAUGGAGCUGCUGCCCCUUCCCACAGGGUGUGUGCUGUGAGGAUCGUAUCCACUGCUGCCCACAUGAUGCCACUUGUAACCUCAGAACCCUCACCUGCGACAAAAACACCACCUCUGUCCCAAUGGCAGGGCCAGUUAAAGCCUCUGGCCCACCACCACCAGAGAAGAAAAAGCCGAAAGAAAACAAAGCAAACGAACCCGUUAAGUGUGAUGACCACCAUUCCUGUCCUGAUCAGACCACCUGCUGCUUUAUGAACAAAACCAUGAGGUGGGGGUGCUGCCCUCUGCCUAAGGCUGUGUGCUGUGAGGAUGGAGAGCACUGCUGUCCAGCUCAGUAUAAGUGUGAUAAGACUCAGACGUCCUGUAUUAAGGGUGACGUGGUCAUUCCCUGGUACAAUAAACUGGCAGCCGAGAGCAGCCCUGACCAUAGCGUUGAUCAGAGUGCUGUCAAAUGUGACUCGCAGACAAGCUGCCCUGCUGGAACAACCUGCUGUGAGAUUAGCACAGGGAAAUGGGGCUGUUGCCCUCUACCAGAGGCUACCUGCUGCCCAGACAGAGAGCACUGCUGCCCCAAGGGCUACUCGUGUGAUGUUAACUCACAGUCAUGUGUGAAGACCAUCUUACUACAAGUGGAGACAAUCCCCUUAACGUACAUCAGACACCUGCAAAUCCCGUGUGGUGGGGGAAUUAGCUGCAGUGACACUGAGACCUGCUGUAAAACCUCCAAGACCACCUGGGGCUGCUGUCCAUCUCCAAAGGCUGUGUGCUGCAGUGAUAUGAAACACUGCUGUCCAGCUGGAUACACCUGUGAGGCGAAUGGUUCGUGCACUCAAGCAACUGGCUUCAACUGGGACAACUGGAGUGUGUUCUUCUCCAGAAAGAAGCGAGCACUCCUUGUAUAAA